AUGAGCACUGCUAGCAACACCAACUCCGAAUACGUCCGUGGGCUCAACGACGCCUAUGCCCAUCGGUCGCGCACUGAGGAUAACUGGCUGCGUCCAUCACUUGGGCCUUUACUGUGGUUCGGUGUGCCAAUCGCACUGUCGUGGGUUUACAUGCGCCGCCAGUCCCCUACGGGAGCCAAAAACAAUAUGUUUGAUAGCUUUAUGGAACAAAUGAUGCCAAUAAAGAAGCGACAAUUCCGUGUUGAAGUGAAAGGCACAAGGUUUAGCGAUGUGAUCGGCAUACCUGAGGCUAAGGAGGAGGUUCGUCAUUAUGUGGAAUUUCUGAAGAACCCAAACCAGUUUACGCGCCUGGGUGCGCGACUUCCGAAGGGGUGCUUACUGACUGGUGAACCAGGAACUGGAAAAACCUUGCUGGCAAAAGCUGUUGCUGGUGAGGCGGAUGUGCCAUUCUUUAGUUGCAGCGGCUCAGACUUUAUUGAGUUAAUGGGUGGCAGCGGACCUAAGCGUGUCAGGGAGUUGUUUGAGGAAGCUAGAGGAGCCGCACCCGCAAUUAUUUUCAUUGAUGAAAUUGACGCCAUAGGUUCACGUGCGGGAAAACGGGGAGGGUCUGUCAGCAGUGAAGAAAACCGGACAAUCAAUCAACUCCUCGCGGAGCUCGAUGGGUUGAAUUCAGGUUCCGACGUACUUAUCGUCAUGGCAGCAACGAACUUUCAGGACAAUAUUGACAAGGCACUCCUUCGUGAGGGUCGGUUUGACCGCAAGAUUAACAUUGAGAUGCCUGACAAAGCUGCGCGAGUGGAGGUAUUUAAACACUACUUGGAUCGUGUUUGUACUGGUGACCCUAAAGGACGAACCACGGACGACGAGGGGCAACCGUUGCAGGUGGACGACCGAAUCAGCAACUUAGUUCUAGCAAAAGAGCUUGCCGACAUGACACCUGGUCUCUCUCCUGCAACAAUUGCUACCGUUGUAAACGAGGCGGCAUUGCAGAGCGGUAUUCAGGAAAAGAAGCUAGUGGAGAAGGAAUCAUUCCUUGAGGCUGUGGACAACACGUUGGUGGGUAGCAAGCACAGGAACCGCCAAAGUGAAACUUCACUUCGGAGAACGGCUAUCCAUGAAACAGGCCACGCGUUGACAGCGUGGAUGUUGCCCACGGUGAAACGAGUACUGAAAGUGAGUGUCGUUCCGCGCGGACAGGCUCUUGGGUACACGCAACGCGCAGGAAAUGAAUAUCACGAGUAUCAAACAAAUGCUACUCUUUUGGCUGACAUGGUUGUCAUGUUGGGUGGUCGAGCUGCGGAGGAAGCGCUGCUGGGAAAUCCUUCCGCCGGUGCAAUGGAUGAUCUUCAGCGUGCCACUGACCUUGCAUUGAAGCAAAUGAUGGCCUUCGGUAUGGACGCUGACGCCGGGUUACUUGCAUAUCAUCCGGAGUCAACCCAAGCUGGUCGCAUGUUUGUGAACUACUCCAAUAAAGCGCAGCAUCUGGCAGAAAAGGAGGCCAUGAAACUUGUGUCCCUCUCAUACCAGAUGGCGGUGGACAUAAUCAAAAAUAAUACCGAAAAAGUUGAGAUCGUUGUGGGCGAGCUGCUAAGUAAAAAGGAGCUCAUGAGCGCGGACCUGGAGCGCUUGUGGGGAGAGCGCCCGGUGACACCAACUGUUGAGCAGCUAGUUGGUAAGCUAAUGGACGCGCAAAACCAGCCGCAGUACUAG